GGACGUUCCUCAGAUAAAUCAUCUACGUGAUGGCGCAAAGCUUGCAUAUCGUAUUCUGAACCCUACGUCUGUCGCACAGCCCUUGAUUCUCGUGCAUGGCUUGAGCGGGAUAAUGAGCGAUUGGGAGCCACUGGCGAGCAGCCUGGCAAAAUCACGACCAGUACUGGUCUACGAUCAUCGCGGUAUCGGGGAGUCCUCCUUCGCCAAUCCUGCUGGCGACAAGGUGACUAUCGAGCUAAUGGGGCGCGAUCUACUUGAGCUGCUGGCGUUCCUAAGAUGGACAAGGCUCGCCAUUUGCGGCUUCUCCAUGGGUGGGACCGUCGUGCAACAACUCUUGCUCCUGCCGUACCACUCAAGCGCGCCAGCGGUAUUGCCCUUUCAGAUUACGCACGUUGUGCUUGCUGCUACGAUGGCGUCGACAGUGAUCAGCAAAGGCGCGCAGGUGUUGUUGCAGCAGCGUCGCGCGCGUACGGAGGCGGAGAUGCUGGAGGGUGCGCGCCGGGUUGUAGAAGUCUCGUUUGACUCCAGGUGGGCGAAAGAUUCGGUGAAUGCGGAGAAGGUGGAAGUGUGUGCGAAGCAGUUCGCAAAGCCAAGGUCAAAGAAGGCCAUAGACGCUCAAGCAAAAGCGACGAUGAACAUCAACUUCGGGAACCUGCAUUCCCGGCUCCCGCACGACAUACAGUUCCUCGUUAUACACGGCACUCUGGACAGCAUCGUGCCAUACAGUUGCAGCGAGGAGAUCAUAGAGAAGAUCCCUUGGGCUCGACGGGUACAGACUGGUCGUGAUCCCGGCGAGAUCGAGCAUCUGGAAUUUGGUCACCAAUGGUAUGGGUACUUCGACGUGGAGAGGUGGCGGCAGGUCUUCGAUGUAUUCCUGCGAUCACCAGAAGGGCAGGUGAAGGGGCGAUUCGCCAAGCUCUGAUAGAUGGCUUUGAUGAGAGCGGGAUGAGCUAGGACUGAUCUAUAUUUGUUGCUCUUGCCAGUACGACUCCGAGAGGGGGCCUAAGCAAUACCUUGGUCAGUACUG